AUGGAAAGAUAUGAAAUUCAGAAAGACAUUGGUUCUGGGAAUUUUGGUGUUGCUAAGCUUGUGAAAGAUAAAUGGAGUGGUGAACUUUUUGCUGUCAAAUAUAUUGAAAGAGGCAAAAAGAUUGAUGAGCAUGUUCAAAGGGAAAUAAUGAAUCACAGAUCUUUGAGGCACCCGAAUAUCAUUCGAUUUAAGGAGGUAUUUCUCACACCAGCUCAUCUAGCUAUAGUGAUGGAAUAUGCUUCUGGCGGAGAGCUUUUUGAACGAAUAUGUAAUGCUGGAAGAUUCAGUGAAGAUGAGGCAAGAUUUUUCUUUCAACAACUUAUAUCAGGAGUGAGUUACUGUCAUUCAAUGCAAAUCUGCCACAGAGAUCUUAAGCUUGAAAACACAUUGUUAGACGGGAGCUCUACACAAUGUCUGAAAAUAUGCGAUUUUGGCUAUUCUAAGUCAGCAGCAUUGCAUUCACAACCAAAAUCUACAGUUGGAACUCCGGCCUAUAUCGCACCAGAAGUCUUAUCAAGAAAAGAAUAUGAUGGAAAGAUAGCAGAUGUUUGGUCUUGUGGGGUCACAUUAUAUGUGAUGCUGGUUGGUGCAUAUCCGUUUGAAGAUCCUGAUGAUCCAAGAAACUUCAAGAAGACAAUAACUAGGAUAUUAAGCGUACAGUACUCGAUCCCUUACUAUGUCCGAGUGUCCAAGGAGUGUAAUCACCUCUUAUCUCGGAUAUUCGUUGCUGAUCCUGAGAAGAGGAUAACGAUCGAAGAAAUAAAGAAGCAUCCAUGGUUCUUAAAGAACUUGCCUAAAGAAUUUAUGAAAGGAGAGGAAGCUAGUUUAGUACAAAUGAAUAGUGAAGAAAAGCCAUUACAAAGCAUUGAAGAAGCAUUGGCUAUAAUUCAAGAAGCAAGAAAACCAGGAGAGGGGUCUAAAGCAAGUGAUUAUUUUGUUCAUAGCAGCAUUAGUAUGGAUCUUGAUGAUUUUGAUACUGAUGCUGAUUUAGAUGAUGAGAUUGACACAAGUGGUGAUUUUGUAUGUGCAUUAUGA